ACUUGUAAAUUCAUUAAAUGCCGGUUAUGAAAGUCAUGAAAUCAAAUUACCUAGAAAAAAAUGUUGCGAUUAUGUGAAGAUAUUCAUGAAUUGUUUUCUAAAGAAGUUUCAGAAUCAUUGUUUAGCGUCAAUAUAGUUACAAUAAAUGACUUUUUAAAAGUGGAUAUAAAGAAAAUAACCGCCUCAUCGGGUCUCUCGUAUAAGGAUGUUAUUUGCCUCAAGAAACAAAUUGCUAACAAAUACGCCGCUGUUACAAGAAAUGGCUUAAAGUACUAUAAAGAAAUAUUAACUAAAUCAGCUAUAAUUUCAUCAGGUAUUAAAAGUUUAGAUAUCUUAUUAGAUGGUGGCUUUUUGACGGGUCAACUUUAUGAAAUAUGUGGUCUUCCUGCCUCUGGAAAAACGCAGUUAUGCUUGACCAUUGCCAAGCAUACAGCUACUUCUUUCAAAAAGGUUUAUUAUCUUGAUUCAAAAAUGGAUUUCACUGGAAGGAGGCUGAAGGAAAUGUUAGAAAAUACAAGGGAUAUUAAGCAGGUAAAACUUUUUUUUUAGUAUGGAGCAGUAUUGAUGAAGAUAAUUUUGUAGUGA